AUGGCGCCCGCCGCCGAUGAGCAUCGCGCGCGUCUCGAAGAUGCGUUCGAGAGCGCUGGUUUCCGUGUGGAUCGCAAGAAAAGGCACUCAAACCUCUUCUUUGGCGCCGAGUCGGUGGUCCGCAGAAACUCCUUCUGCGUGAGCCUAUUCAAAGGCGGCCGCUUCCACGUGUCCAUGACGCCGGACGCAGCGAGUCUGAUUGCCGCCGAGCUUGGAGAGGGAGGGGAGGUACGCACGUGGGGCGCCAACGGAGGGCGACACAAGCGCUUCCUGUUCACUGAGACCAUGUCCUGCGCCGACCAAGCAUCGCUGGUGAAGGCAGUGCUGGGCAACGCCUCCGCCGAAUCGUCACCUCCUGUGCAGCCACGCUGGAGCGAUCGAGACAGAGCGAUGGCGGAGCGUGCGCAGCUCCAGGCAGCGUUCGCCGCCUGCCCGGACGCCACGGUGGACCCCCACACCGGGCAUGUCAACAUACUCUUCCCGGGCGAGACGAAGUACACCUGCCUGGUGCGGCUGGUGCUCGUCCACGAUGUGGGGCGUGUGCGUGGACGGGUGUGCCUCGGAAAGGACCGCUCCGGCCGGCACAUCGAGGACGCGCUCGCGCGCGCCCUCGACGCCUCGCGCGUGGCGUACACCAUCGGAGACGUGCCGGAGGACAACCACUUCCAGAUCCGACACACGCGUGUGCUGACCUCAGAGGCCCCGGCCGGUACCCUCGUGUCCUGCGUCGCGGCCGCGCACGCGGCGAUGCGCGAGCUCGAAGGCGCCGCACGCGCGCCACCUUCCGGCCGCGCGCAGCGGCGGCAGCCGCCGCCCACACGCUCCGCAGCAGUCGCGCUGGGGGCAAAGCGGCCAGUGGCGAGUUCCUCUUCGUCAGGAGCAUGCAAGCGCUCGACCGCGAAGGCACGGGAUCGCUUGACCCCGGAGGCACAGGAGCGUGCGGACGAGGCAAGCGGAGACGGCGAGGUGGUGGCCGUGGCGGUGGCAGAAACCGACGAUCGCGAUUGCCCGCUAGUCUGCCCCAUCGAGCAGGAUGGCCACAUGAAGGAGCCGGUGACGUUGCCGUGCGGCUGCAACUUCGAGAGGCGCGCGAUCACGGCGUGGCUGGGACGGCACGGCACGUGCCCAACAUGCCGGGAGCAGGGGCCGUUCAUGUGCAAUGGUGCGGUAGGCAUUCGUGGCAUCCUAUGGGUCGACCAGAGUAUCGACCUCUGGCUUGUCAGCCGCCCCACCGAGGGCGCCAUGAAGGCGCCCCUAGCAGCUCCGCCGUCGGGCGCGACGUCGGGCGCGGCGACAGACCAGCUGGCGGCGCCUGCGCCUGGCAAGAAGCGGAAGCGCGUGGAUUUCAACCCGGCCGCAAAGGCGAUGUUCCUGGCCUCGCUCCCGACGUACCGCGCGAAAGAUGAGGGGACGCGCUGGGGCUUCUGCAAGCAGAUCUUCGACACCCACGGCGAAGCUAAGAAGCAAGGCCGCUGA